CACGCGCUCAUACAUUUAGGUGGAUGGAGUGGGGUAAAGAAAUAUUCUAACAUUGUAAACGUCAUUACGGUGGCGACGCAGGAAAUUGAGAAAGAAAUAAUUUUUUAUCCUCACGACACUGACAUUUGCAAUAAAUGAGUAAAAUGUAAAAAAUACUACUUAACAUUUUAAGCUGUUCGUAAUUUAACAUAAAGUUUGUAAAAUUUGUUUACAACUUAAUUUUGUAACGAACACAUUCAAUAUGAUUGCUGCAUCAGUUGGAAAUUGGACAUUUAAUAAAACUCUUGGUUCAGGGGGAUUUGGCAUUGUCGAAUUAUGGACUCAUACAAGUGGUAGUAAACUUGCAAUUAAAAAAUGUAAAUGGGAUAUGUCACAAUUAACAGAAACACAAAGAAAACGGUGGAUAAAUGAAGUUCAGAUAAUGAAUCACCUAAAGCAUUCAAAUAUUGUAAAAAGUAUAGAAUUACCUUUUAAAUAUCCUGAUGAAAAAAUAGAAUUGCCAUUAUUAUGUAUGGAAUUUUGUAGGAAAGGUGAUCUUAGAACGAUUUUAAACAAACCAGAAAAUUGUUGUGGUAUGAGCGAAAAGGAAGUAAUUGUUGCAAUGAAGAAUAUUUCUUCUGCUGUUGAAUAUUUACAUUCCAACAAUAUUACACACCGUGAUUUAAAACCAGAAAAUAUUGUGUUACAAGAUGAACAUGAUGGAAUUUCAUAUAAAUUAAUUGAUCUCGGAUAUGCAAAAGAAUUGGGAGAAGCAAGUUCAUCCGCAUCUAUAGUAGGUACAUUAAAUUAUGUAGCACCAGAACUCCUUUGGAAACAGAAAUAUAGCUGUUCUGUAGAUUAUUGGAGUUUGGGUAUUUUAUUUUACGAACUUGUGACUGGUAGAAGACCAUUUCUACCAUGGAUUACCACUAUAACAUGGAUACAGUAUAUAAAAGAUAAAGGAUAUGAGGAUAUUUGUGCUUUUGAAUCAGAAGGAAAAAUAAUUUUUGGUCAAAAUAUUAUGGAUCCUACAAAUUUGUCAAGAUGUCUUAGAAACAAAUUGGUAGAAUGGUUUAGAGUAAUGCUACAAUGGGAUCCAAAACAGAGGGGAAAGAAAUGCGAUGAAAAUGGUGUAAUGCAACUGGUUGCAUUUAAAUUACUUCGUUCCAUUCUGUCUACACAGAUAGUACAUGUAUUUUCGGCAUCAACAUACAAGCUUAAUACAUAUGAAAUAAAUGACAUUACCACAGUGACUGGUGUACAGACUAUGAUUGAAAAAGACUUCAAUAUACCCAUAAAUCAACAAAUUUUAACAAAUUAUUUUGGGAAAAUCCUCAUUUCAAAUGAGAAACCACUCUGGUCACAAAUUCAGGAUCCAGUUUUGUUUAUGUUUAAAAAAGAAAGUACUUUAAUCGGGAAUAUACCUGUAUCAGAUAUUCCUAAGCCAAUACAAAAGAUGAUAGAACUAUCAAGAAGUUUAUUGAAUUUUGAUACAUUAUCUGAUUAUUAUCGUAUGGCAACAUUUUUUAUAAAACAAGAAUUACAUUUACUUGAACUAUACAUUUUUGCUUUGACUAUAAAAGUAGAUUUGGUAAUUACAAGACUUAAUACAUUUAAUGAAAAUAUAACAAAUGCAUCGACAAAUGUAAAUACUCUUAUGAGUGAACUAUCCACAGUUCGAGAACAAUCAAAUAAAGAAUUAGUGAACAAAGAAAAAAUAAAACGUUUAGAAAUCAAUUUUGGAAAAGUAAUUAAGCUUGUGAAGGCUACAGAUCAAAUAAAAUUAAAAUUCAGUCCAUUAUUAGAAGAAAGUAAUGAAUUAAAGGAUAAAGCGCAGGGUAUUGAUUGUCUAACUGAUAUAUCGCACUUAUAUAAUAAAGCAAUUACCAUAUACGAAUCGCAUAAAAAGGAGCAUUCUCUUGUACCUACUGCACCAAUAAAAAUGGUGAAAUUAAUCUUUGAAUUUUUAGAUGCUAAAGAAAAAUUAUUCCACAAUCAAAAUAUUCUUGAAAUUAUAAAACAAACAGAGAAAUUAGAAGUAGAACUUUUAAUAUUGGAAAGAAUUUUUGAUUCGGUUAUUGCUAUGACAACAGUAUAUCGUGAAGAACUUCAAAGUAUAAUACAAUUUAAUUUACAAAAUGCACGCAAUUCUUCUGAUAAAAAGACAAAUAUACCUGUUGCCAUGCAGAAUGAGGCUACUAAUAUUUUAACAAAUAAUGAUGUGAAAAUAUCAAGUGAAGAUUGUAAUAAUCAAUUUCCAAAUAUGUCAUCCAUUGCGUGUAAUAAAGUUACAAAUGUAGAUAAUGUAAUAUAUGACAAUUUAGUGAUACGUUAUACAUUAGACAACCUUCUGAUUGAAAUGCAAGAAAAGUACAUGGACAUGGCUAGUUUGGAACCCUAAUUGGAACAGCAAUGUAUGUAAUUCUUCAUAUUUUAUUUUAUGAAAUGCUUUGUUCUGUUUUAAUCGUAUCUUAUUAUUUUUAAAUAUAAAAUAUUAAUUUUUUUAUGUAAUUGAAUACACUGUACAGUUAUUUCUUUAUCAUUGUUUCCAUUCUAUUAUGAUAUUGUUGAUGCUCUUGGAAUAUAAUGUCGCACACCCCAUUUGAUAUUAGCUUGUUUAUCUGUUUUAAUAAAAGUAUAAACAGGUCCAUUUGCCACACUUCUCCAUUUCAUCAUCUUCCUGGAUGAUUUUAGUGGACCUAUAAAACGUAUAAACAAAUAUAAACAAACGUUACCAUCGUGAGUGAUGUAAAAUAUAAUCAUGUUGUAUCAAAUUUAAAUAGAAAAUUUAAUUCUAAGUAACAUUAUUACUUUACACCAAAACGAAUUUUGAACAGUAUGUUUUAUAAAUGUAAAGAUAUAUAUUUGCACAUAUCUUGAACUUAAAGUAUUUUACUAUUCUUUAUUCGAAUUUUAAAAAUGUAUAUAAGGUAUAUCUUUUGAGAAACAUUUUAAAAAAUAUUUAUUAUUUCAAAUGUUAAGAAAUACUAAACUUACCUCCAUCAGUAAUUGUACAAAAUGCGAUAUAUAAAUAUAAAUAUAUCAAAAUAUAUUUAUGUAAUGCCUACGAAAAAAUUGAUUUUUAAUAAGAAUCCUUGAAGUAUGAUGUGUGCUUAUUUUUCGUUUGAAAUAUACUCACGUUACAGAUGUUCGUUAGUUUAAAAUUCAUUGUAUUCAUCACAGGAGUAAAAUAUUGACUGUGCCAUAAU